AGCUCACAGGACCUCUGCAGCAAAAUCCUUGGCAAGAAAAUGAAUUUCUCUCUCCUCUCGACUGCUGCCUUUUGCUUCACGCCCCCGGAGAAGUAUUACUUCAUACGACAGACGGUGAAGCUUUUUUUCCAGAUCACAUGAUCCAGGAUGAAGGGGGAAAAUCCUGGUUGGAACAGAGAUGGGUUGUGAAUGUGAAUCAGAUCUAGGGAGAUAAGGUGUGAUGCAGAGAGGACUAUAUAAAGAAUGUACUCUCCACCACAGCAAACACUCCUCAAAGUGGAUGGUUCUAAUGAAGCAGCCACGAAUAUGUCUGAAGGCACUGUUACCAGCCAGCUCAGAGGCACUAGCCGAACGUAUUUCUAUUUCACCACAGCCACCCUAUCCUUGUGUCUCGUCAUUGCUGUGUCAACCAUAAUGGUCUUAGUAGUUCAGAGGACGGAAUCCAUUCCAGAGUCACCUGGCAAGUUUCCCCUCACCCUCACAGGAGGAAAUUGUUCAGAGGACCACUUAAAGAUUCUAAAAAGGGCUCCAUUUAAUGAGUCAUCAGCAUACCUAGAAGUAUCCAAGCAAAUAAACAGCUCUAAACUCACCUGGAAUCAGGAUAGCGGCCACCUCAAUGGAAUAGAAUAUAACAAUGGGAAUCUGGUGAUUCAGUCCCCUGGUUUAUAUUUCAUCUACUGCCAUCUACACUUCUUUGUGCCCGAGUGCCCCAAGGAUCCCUUUGACCUAAAGGUGGAGCUUCUCAUUAAUGAUGAAGUCAAGAAACAAACACUGGUUACUCUGUGUGAAUCAAAUCUACGAACUAAGGGUAUCUUCCAAGACCUCUUCCAAUUCCUUCUGGGAGACCUAAAGGCCAACAACACUGUAUCCAUCCAGGUUAAUAAGUUCCAGUAUGUGAAUACAAAUGAUCUUCCUCGUGACAACGUGUUUGGAACCUUCAAAUACAGUUCAGACUGAGAGAUCCCACAAACUGCCAAGAGAUGCCGUCACUCCUAGGGGGCAUUGUCUAAACUGAUGUACCUUUCUAUUGAAUCAGGGAGCAAAAAUGCAUUUUUUUUCAGCCAGAGACCAUAAUACCAAGUUUGAAAUCCAAAACACUGUAGAACUUAUAUGCCAACCUACCAAAUUAAUCAGGGGACCAGUUGGGGGUGCUGAGAUGACCCAGUGGACAUAGUGGAAUUGUCUCUCAGAAAGGAAGAAGGAAGGACUCCAGUCAUGCAGGAAUGACUCUCCCCAGAUGUUGGCGCUGGAAGCAGACAAAAAUCAAGACUCACCAAAAUACAUCAAGCAAAGUGUAGUGCGGGGGGCAAGGCCUCACAUCAAGAUACUUUCAAGUGGAUUGUGGGCCAGCUCCUGAAUACUUCCCUGGCUUAUGACAACCAGCAGCCCCUCACCAGGUCUGAAAAUGAGGGUAAAAGUUCUCAGGUUUCGCUCCCUACACCAUAAUGGGGAAAAAAAAAAACAGUGGCCCAGCAGGUAAAAUGCAUUUCCCCACCUAUAAUUGUCUAGCCUUGAAGAAGUAGGAUUAAUACUGCCCAUAUCAGAUAGUCUUAUUGUAUUUAAGAUAUUCUUAUGGGUGAACAUAUUUAAAAUGAGAAACAAAGGCAAGGCUACCUGGAUGUAUAGGAAAGCUCUGUAUUUAUUCCUACUAGGACUGACACUGAAUCAAAUAUUUACCUAGGCAAACAUUUAUCUGCUCUCUGCCACAAAGUAUCCAAAGCCUCUAGCGCAGGAUGCAUACCUCAGUGGGUAUAGAAAUAUAUGAGGAGGAAGAUGGAGAAUGAUGGUGGUGGAGAUGGUGAUGAUGGAGGAGAGGAGAGGGAGCAGGAGGUGGAGAAAGAAAAGAAGAAAUUAGCACAGUCCUAUAGAAGAGUGAAAUGCAGUCAUAGAGAUUGGGGAUGGCCACUUGUCCAAGUGAGAGCCCCCUGAUACCUCCCUGUCUAAGCCACUUGUUGGGCAGGGAUUUUCUCUAUCUGUUGCCCAACUGUACAUUCCAAGCACUUAGUUCAGUGCUCUGCACAUGGUAAGUGCUCAAUAAACACGAUUGAAUGAACUACUUCCAGGGUUCAUGGCUGCAGGGGUGAGUCAAUGCCAUUGUCUUGUGGUCAACACCCUCUACCCAGCAACUCUCUCCUGCCCUUCUGAGGCUCCUGCUGGCAACUGCUUGAUAGCACAUGACCAGAAGGGUUGGUUUUGCCCGCAUGGUGGCUGUGAUUGAAUAUCAUCCCCAGAGCAAUGAAAGGCAUUCCUACACCAUAACACCAUUCUGUUUUCCUUAUUGAGUGGAGGCAAAGAAGAGUUGAAUCGUGGAAUGAAUUUAUGUAGAGCCCCUUAAAUGUCUAACUAGAGCCUAGUGAUUAGAAAGCUUCCAUUGGCAAAACUCAGAAGAGGUCAAAGGCUCUGACCUAAAGGCUAGAGAAAACCUCUGGACCUGAAACUCUUCCCUACACUCAUAACUCAUGACAAACUUUUGUUGACUUCAGUAAGGAAAAAGGAUCAGUUUGCUUUUUCAACAUCAGUACCUAAUGGAACCAGGGACCAUUUUGGAUUGGGUUUCAGUCAUUUUUUUCCCUUCCUUGAAUUUAAUUAUCAUGGAAACCAAGCUUGACCUUAUAGAGCUACCUCUGUAAACAUCCACUGUUUGAGGAACAAUCAGUACUAUUGAUUAAGUUCUUCCCAAGCAUUUCUGGAAGAACACUGUCUAGAUCAAAGUCCACACAUAGUAAGACGAGUCACAUUUUGAACAAACUUCCCAGAUGGAUUGGCUAAAACUUGUCUGGCUUGUGGAAUUGGCUUUCAACUUCACCUGGUUAAUAGUAUUCCCCAAGGGACUUGCUAACCAAGCCCAAAAUAUACAUUCUCUCGGGCUGGCCUGCCACAGGAAGUGAUCUCCCAGCCUCCUCUGCUCCUCACCAAGUAUUCUCACAGUACAUUUCUAUCUUCACCACUGAUGUGCACUACUUACCGACAGCUGAUAAAGUGAUGAGAUAGCUGCUUUUGCCUGUCACUUUUUUCCUUAAUAAAGUAAACUACUGUUUGUGUCUACACUGUA